GUUAGCAUAGCAUAUUGAUUUUGGUGAUGAAUUGAAUUGAUAUGUGAUUAUGGUGACAUGAGUGAGUGCACACGCAUAGGCAUAGCCAUAGAUUCCCCUUUUCCCAGAAACAAGAAAACCCUCUUUUUCUGUGAACCCUCUCCAACGUCAAAUCCCAAUUCCUCAUUCCCACGCGCCAUGGUUUCCCCCGAAAACACCAAUUGGCUCUUCGAUUACCCCUUGAUCGACGAUAUUCCCGUCGCCGACGCUUCCUUCGCCGCCUCCGCCUUCGCCUGGCCCCUCCCACCGCCACCACCUUCCAAUGUCGGUGUUGAGAUUGAUGCUUCGCUCGGGGAUUCUGAUGGCUUCAGAGAUCCUGCUCUGAAGAAGAGGGGUAGGUCUGAUUCAUGUACUGCUUCUAGCUCUAAAGCAUGUCGGGAGAAGUUGCGGAGGGAUAGGCUUAAUGACAAGUUUGUUGAAUUGGGCUCCAUCUUGGAGCCUGGAAGGCCUCCCAAAACAGACAAGGCUGCCAUUCUGAUUGACGCCGUCCGAAUGGUGACACAGCUGCGGGAUGAAGCCCAGAAGUUGAAAGACUCGAAUACAGGUCUUCAAGAGAAGAUUAAAGAGUUAAAGUCCGAGAAGAAUGAACUUCGUGAUGAGAAACAGAGGCUCAAGGCAGAGAAGGAGAAGUUGGAGCUGCAGGUAAAAUCAAUGAAUGCCCAGCCUGCUUUCUUGCCACCGCCUCCUGCAAUCCCUGCUGCAUUUGCUCCACAAGGCCAAGCCCCCGGCAACAAAUUGGUGCCAUUUAUGGGUUAUCCGGGUGUUGCCAUGUGGCAGUUUAUGCCUCCGGCCGCCGUGGAUACCUCACAGGAUCAUGUACUCCGUCCACCAGUUGCCUAAGUUGGCAUUGUACAAUUAUUUGGGCUUCCAUUUUGACCCAAAAGUUGUAUUCAUUUUCCCAUAGCUUCUUGCCUUUUAGUUGUAUCUUAUAAGUGUUCCAACUGGAUUCAGUGGUGGCUUCGACUGUAUUUGGUAUCUGAUACUAUUAUGAAGUAAUGGCUGGUAUUUGCAUGUAAAUGUUAAUAAGCUUGUCUGGCUGUCUUUGCGGCGGCUUUGAUGUUUAUUACUGGUUUUCAUUUAAUCCAAGUUGGAACCAAAUAAAUAAACAAAUGAUUAAAGGUCAA